AUGUUAAAAAUAGAGGAAUAAAAUUACUCAAGACAAUUAAUUAAGUAAGACAAAGAACUAUCAUAAUUUAUAAAAUAUCUAGAAUUACAAAAUGAAGUAAAUGAAAAAAACAAAGAGAAAGAAUUUAGAAUGAAACAGAAAGAAUCAAUUAUACUUGGUUAAAGGUAGUAAAAGAAAUAAGAACAUGAAUUUUAAGCUAGAUUAAAGUAAUUAGAAUUAUCAUCAAUAAGAGAAAAAUAUGAUGAAUCAUUAACAAUGAAGAAUAAAGUAAUUAAGAAAUUUAUAUUCAGAGUCUUGAAUAGAGAUUAUAGAAUUAAGAGUAAAGACAUUAAUAGAUAUUACAGGAUGCUAAAAUUAAAAGAGAAGAGUAAGCUAAUUUAAGAAGUCUUCAUUUAAGAGAUUCUGUUGAUUAAGCUAUAGCAAAGGCAAAUUUAAUUCAUUAAGAUAAGAUAGAUUAUUUUAACUAUUAAUAAACACGUAAAGAAUAAUAUUUAUCAUAAUUAUAAAGUGAAAAGAAUAUAAAAUAACUUGAAAAAUCAAUGAAUUUUUAAAUUAAAUAAGAAUUGAAUGAUUCAAAUUAUAAAAAAGCUUAAGAUAUAUUAAAUGAAAGAAUUUAUAAAACUAUGAAUAAAUUGAAUUAAAAGGAUUCAUUAUCUUAAUAAAUAUAAAUAGAAAAUGAGAGGAAAUUAAAUAAUAAAUUAUUUUCUUAAAAAGCAUUAUUAGAAAAUGGAUUAUCAAAUGCUGAUUAUGCAAAAGCAAGGUUUGAAUAGAAUUUGAAUAUGAAAAAAUCAAUGACAGAAUAUAAAAUGAAUAAAUUAGAUUAAAUGAUGUAAAAUUAUUUUAUUUAUGUUAUAUUAGAAGGGAGAAAUAAUUAUUGUAAUAAUAAGAAAGAGAAAUAAGAGUAAUGGUAGAAAAAAAGAAGAAUUAAUUGAAAGAAGAAUUUGAUAAAAAAAUGAACUUGUUACAAAAAUAAAAAUAUUGA